AUGCCACCAAGCGAUGAGUUCAAGGAAGCUGUUAGAGUGGGAGACGGACAGCGCAUCAGAACGCUUUGCAGCCUAGGUAAAGUCGACGCCGCAGCCGCCACAGAAGCUCUAAAAUCCCUAAAACAUCCCGCCGACGUGUUGCGCGCCCUACUCGAGCACGGGGCCGACGCGAACCAGGUCCCUCUGCACGUCCUGCGACGCUGCCAUGACCUCGAGACCUUCAAGCUCCUAGCAGAGUACGGUCUCGACAUAAAAAGCAAGGACCACGAGAUCCUAGAAGAUCUCGUGGGCCAAAGGUACAUCCUCGACUUCCUGCUCGACAAGGGUGCCGACAUCAGCAAACCCAGCAACCGCACCUCGGGGCGGACGAAGCUGCGCGGCGGCGAGCGGGACCACACCCUGGGCGUGCUCAACAACGCCGCCGCCCUAGGCGACGCGGCGCUCUUCGACCACCUCGUGUCCCGGGGCGCCGACCCGAGCAAGAGCAUCGCGCUGCACCACGCCGCGCGGUGCCAGGACGCCGCGAAGACGACGGCCAUGAUCGCCCACCUCGUCGACAGGCACCACUUCGACGUGAACGCCAGCGACGGCUGCGGCGGCCUGCGCGAUUUCUUCGGCGAUGUUCCGGAUAUCGGGUCGCCGCUCAACUUCGCUGUCGUGUUUAAGAACCUGGCUGCUGUGGAGGCGCUUCUCGAGAGGGGCGCGGACACGGAGGGCAAGCUGGCCGUGGCUGGGGGAGGAGCAUCAGGGGCGGCGGCGGACCAGGACCAGGAGGAUGGACACAGACGGUAUCCGGUCGCGACUGCGAUUGGUGAUGGUUACACGUUCCGCGGCUUCGUCGAGGCGCUCAGGCCCCUGCUGGAGGCUGGGGCGGACGCGACUGUUGGCUUGCGGUGUGCCGUUGACCGGAAUAAUCUCGACGCUGCUCGACUCCUGCUAGACUUUGGUGGCGACCCGAAACUGGUGAAGGAAAUGGAUGCGCAGAGAGUUGAGGAGUCAGGAGAUCCGGAUGGGUACGCCGGGAUGAGUAGGGAGAUGAGCCAAUUGUUAGAGAAACGGGAGUGA